UGCAAUGUCGCCACGAAUUCUGCGACGACCGCGAAUAAUCCUAUGUUUAGGGUUGCCGUGUGCGAAGGUAGGCUGGGUGGCAAGGGUUUUGUUGCCGUGUCCGAAGGAAGGCCGGUGCGAAGGGUUUCUCUCCGGUGGUUGUAGAUCCGGCGGCUCGGGUGCUAAGGAAGGUUGGGUGCCAAGGGUAUUUCUCUUUCUCUCUCUUCGGUGGUUGUAGAUCCGGCGGCUCGGGUGCGAAGGAAGGUUGGAUGGGAAGGGUUCCUUAUGUAGAGGAUCCAAAUACUCCGGAAGAAACGUUUUUAACUACUGUAAAAUUGUUAAAUCUUUGGAUUACAUCAGAUGCUUGAAACUUGUUAUAUCUUAGCUACUUCAGUGGGUGCCAGCAGUAUCGACACUAGGCAUUUGGCAGAUCCUAUGAUUAUAAGAGAAUCAUGAAUGAAUGUUUAGAUAACCCAAUAAAAAGAGGUUGAUCAUUUUGCAUCAUUCGUCCUCAUUGUGAUUUGCUUUUUCUACAAUACUAAUGGGGAGCAGAAGUUCUGGUGAUAAAUUUAUCAUUCAUGGUGAUACAACAAGAACAGAAUGAAGAAAGCCAGUGAUGAAUUCAGCAAACAUUGAGUUGCUCAAGCGAAGCAGCUAUAGCAUGAAGCAUUUGGUUUUCAGGUGCUUCACUUUGGUAUUUUCUAUAUUUGUACUUGGGACCGUCAUAUCUUCAUUCCCCAGUUCCAAUUUGCUUACAUGGAGGACCUCCAAUUGGAUAGGCAUCACUGCUGCUUCUAACUUGCAAAAUUCAAUCAGGAGAGACAAAUUCCUGGAAGUCCCUCAGAUCAUUUGGGGGUUGAACAAUCAGAAAAUUGCACUGGCCAGGGCAUGCUUAACAGCGAGAUUCUUAAACAGAACCCUUCUGAUGCCUAGUUUGAGUGCAUCUCUAUUCUACAAAGAGGUUGAUUUGCUUGAACCUAUGGCAUUUGAUAAGUUAUUCAAUUUUGAAAAAUUCAAUGAUCGAUGUAAUGGAUUUGUGCGGUUGGGACGCUAUUCUGAUCUUGUGAACAAGAGCAAGCCAUACGAGGUCCUUAAAGGUAGUGGUAGGAAGUGGACAAAGGAAAGGGAUCUACAUCAGUUGACACAAUGCAGGAAUGAGUCAUUUGAUUACAUUGAAGUUAUUCGGAUCUCUGGGAAAAAUCCUUUCCUUUGGCACGACCAUUGGCCAGCCAAGGAUUAUGCAAAGUUAUUUGAAUGUCUUAUAGUGGUUGAUGAGAUAGAGAUGGAAGUGGCUAAGGUGAUAUCAAAGAUUAAAGACGUAGGUAGAGAGUUGAGCCACAAUUCUAAUGCUCCGCCGAAGAAUGUGAGUUUAGAUGGCUGGCAAGAUCACCAUGUCCCAUACAUGGCUGUUCAUAUGAGGAUCGAGAAAGACUGGAUGAUUCAUUGCAAGAACGUAGAGCAGAGAUUGAACAUAAACCAGAUAUGUAGUAGCAAGGAUGAAAUAAUUGAAAGAGUAUCGCACAUUACCACUAUACAGCAGCCUAUAGUGGUUUACCUUGCAGUUGCCGAUGCCCUUCUAGAGGACGAUUCAAUACUAAGCGGAUGGAAAGAUGGUUUUGUUCCUUUCGAGAAAAAAAGUCUGGCAAUUAAGGAUGUAUACGAUAAGCACCCUUACCUUAUACAGUCUGCAAUUGACUAUGAGGUUUGCUCUCGAGCAGACAUUUUUGUUGGAAACAGCUUCUCUACAUUUUCCAGCCUUGUAGCACUAUCUCGGACAAUGAAGUCGAUUGGAAUGGGGUUCACAAACUCAUGCUCAACGGAAGUUGGAUAUUCAUCGUAUGCAUACAACAUCGCAGAACAGCACGGUGGAGCUAAAAUGUGGAUGACCAAUAUGUCUGCCCCAAGUCUCUCCAGCAUAAGUUAUGGGACUAAUAGCAUAUCAUGUUACAGUUACUGGAACACAUAAGUUAAGGCAGCAUCCUUUAUUCUAUAGGAUGCGGCUGUUGCUAAAUAGAUGCCGUGACCGCAUUCAGGAAGAUUUUUCACUUCGCAAAGUCUAACCGGUGAUUCAAAACUGACUGACUUCUCAAUUGGUACAAGAUUUCUUGUUCAGCAUCUUUUAUACAGGUUGUAACAUAAUUUAACACCCAUUUUUUUUUUUGAAAGAUGAAAAAAAUUGACUAAAUACUUGCUCUUAUUGUGUUGGCUCUUAUUGGGAUCUCAAGUGUUUCUACAACCA